AUGGCCGCACAAUUAGUCCAUCUACCGGACAUAGAAAGACUCAGCGCACGGGUCAUUCGCAUACUCGGCGGAAAUCCUGGGAAGGAAGCAUGGUUGACGGCAAAAGGCACAAACACCUACCUCGUCGGUCAAGGCCCUAAGCGCCUCCUCAUCGACACCGGGGAAGGCAAGCCCGCCUGGCUGCAGUCGCUGAAGAGCGUCCUGUCGUCCGAGCAGGCAUCAGUAGACCAGGCAAUACUCACACACUGGCACCAUGACCAUGUGGGCGGCGUGGACGAUCUUUUAAGCGUGUCGCCGCAUGCGCGCGUGUACAAGAACCAACCAGGCGAGAGCCAGCUCGAUAUUCAAAAUGGUCAGAAAUUUGAGACGGCUGGCGCCACGCUCAGGGCGUUUUACUGCCCAGGCCAUACACAGGACCAUAUGGCGCUCAUCCUGGAAGAGGAAGAUGCUAUGUUCACAGGUGAUAAUGUGUUAGGCCAAGGCACUGCCGUUUUCGAAGACCUAGCUACGUAUAUGGACAGCCUUGACAAGAUGUCACAGCAGUUCUCUGGUCGCGCUUACCCCGGCCAUGGUCCGGUCAUUGAGGAUGGGAAGGGGAUGGUGCUGGAGUACAUACGGCACCGGAAGGAGAGGGAGAAUCAGGUGCUCGAGGUAUUAGACGAGCAGAAGGGUGAGGUAGCCGCUGCAAAAGAGGGCUGGAAGGCAAUGGAGAUUGUUAAGGUGAUUUACAAGGAUUACCCAGAGAACCUGCAUGCUCCGGCGGAGAGAGGACUGAUCCAGAUUCUUGAGAAGCUCAUGAAGGAGGGCAAAGUGCUGCGUGACUCCAGGGACUUAUGGAGCGUAAACUCGAGAGCUACUUUGUGA